AUGUCAACUAUUUCCGAUGGUUUGCCAGACAUCGCAGAGCAAGACGAGAAAUUUGCCCUCUUAUACCAAGAAGAGGUAUCAAGAAAGCCGUCUUGCUUUAAAAAGCAAACAUGGCUGGUAGCCGUAUGCGCGAUUAUCCUCACAAAUCUACUUUCAAUUGUCUUUACCGCAAGAUAUAUAAGAUCCCAGAGUUACCUAUCAUACUCCUUGGACCUGCCUAGAAGACUUUAUCCUGAACUUGACAGAUCCCACAUCCUAACUCAGUUCAGCGAGCAUAGGGUCAAUGGGACAAGUAGGUGGUCAGCUCCACCAAGCCCCUCAGUAGAUAGAGCUUGGCUAGAACUAGGAGUUCGCGAUGUUGGAUUUCUCGUUCCAAAGACAGUCGGUAUCAGCCAUGGUCUUGAUCCUAGAGAGCAAAAAUAUUACCCAAAAGGAACAUAUCGCAGCGAUUCUGAACUAGAAGGAUUCAUCGUGUUUGUUCAAGCCUUUCACGACCUACAUUGUUUGGAUGAGCUCCGAAAAGCCCUCUACUUCAACAAACCCUACUACCGCCAAUACGAAGAUGAUAAUCUCGUGCCGGAGUGGUUCCGCGUAAGCCAUAUUAAUCAUUGUCUAGACAAUAUUCGUGAGACCUUGAUGUGUGCAGCUGAUAUAGGGGUAAUACCAACCGUAUGGACGGGAUCGCAUAAUAGCUCCAUUAGAUUCUCUAACAAGCAUCAAUGCAAUAGUUACGAUUCAUUGCUAGAGUGGAAAGCGAAGUGGGAUGCAGAUCAUCCUGCUUUCGCAAAGGAGUUGCCGGAACAGUUUCAAGCACCUCCAGAUGCAGUUUUUCAUGACCCUAACGAAUGGGUGGUCUAA